GAGCGGGGAGGAAACAUGGCGGCGAGCAGCGCGGUGCAUUGUGGCCUGCGCCACAGCGCAAUGGCAGCGCCCAGGCAGCGGGCGGCGGGCUGGGCACGGGGGGCUUGCACCGCGGCCGCGCCCCGGUCCUGGCGGCUCUUCGGGGCCAUGUGCCUGCUGAGGCUGCCCCGCAUCACGCAGCCGCUCGAGAAGGAGGAGGAAGAGAUGACGGCUCUCAUGGGGCAGAUAGAGCUGGAGAAAAGCCACUACUCAGACCAUGAAAUCCGCAAGCUGGAGGAGGAGGAGCUGAUCCGGAGGAGGAAGGAAAGCGCCUACGAUGAUGAAGUGCCCGGCAAAACGGUCAUCAUGGCUCGGGACCUGGAGGACAAGUGGGAACAGAAGUUCCUUCGAUUCAAAGCUGCUCCGCGGAUAACAGAUGCUGAUGAAAGCAACAGUCGAACAUCACUGAACAGGAAGCUGGACAGAAACCUGAUGCUUCUGGUGAAGCAGAAAAUCGGCAACCAGGAGCUGUGGCUCCUGCCUCAAGAGGAAUGGCAGCCUGGGGAGACGCUGCGAAGCACGGCUGAGCGAGCCAUGGCUAACUUCUUAGGAGACCACAUUGAAGCCAAAGUCCUGGGGAAUGCUCCAUACGGGAUUUACAAGUAUAAAUUCCCCAGGGCCAUCAGGACUGAAGAUAUUGUGGGAGCUAAAGUAUUCUUCUUCAAAGCCUUCCUCCAGAGCAGUGACUUGUCCCAGACAGAGCUGAAGGGGAAUCACCUGUGGGUCACAAAGGACGAGCUGGGAGAUUACUUGAAGCCAGAAUACCUGAAGAAAGUCAAUCGAUUCCUUCUGGACUUGUAAGGGAUGGGCUGUGCUCCAGCAGAUGGGGAGGAUGUGGGAUGCAACUCCAGGGAGGAGCACAGCUGCUGCUUUGCAUGGUCUGUGUGUAUGAGAUGUUAAUGUGGGCUCUGGAGGAUAAUUUGCCUUUGCCUUAUUUGCCACUUCUCUUCACCAGGCCUGUACUGAAUAAAUAUUAAAACUUCUACUUGGAA